AGUGCAGGCGGCGAUGAGAGCCAAAGUUGCUCCGGGUUCGGCGCUUCGGGCUUGAGGCGGCUCCUUGCUCCCCUCUCCCGGGCCUCCUGCGGCCCCAGCCACGCUGCUGGGCGUCCGAGAUCCCAGCCCCGCGUCCGCUGCGUCCCCUGCCCUCUCGCGGCGCCCGCUCCUUGGGAGCCGGGGUCCCCGCAGCCUUGGCCCGGCCCCGGGCCCCGCCGAUGCCGGCCAUGGUGGAGAAGGGCCCCGAGGUGUCGGGGAAGCGGCGCGGGAGGAACACCGCGUCCGCCUCCGCCUCGGCUGCCUCCGCCUCGGCCGCCGCUUCGGCCGCCGCCGCCUCGGCCGCCGUCGCCUCGUCCGCCGCGGCCGCCGCCGCCCCCAAUAAUGGUCAGAAUAAAAGUUUGGCGGCGGCGGCGGCGCCCAAUGGCAACAGCGGCAGCAACUCCUGGGAGGAAGGCAGCUCGGGCUCGUCGAGCGACGAGGAACAUGGUGGCGGCGGCAUGCGGGUGGGACCCCAGUACCAGGCGUCGGUGCCUGACUUCGAUCCCGCCAAACUGGCGAGGCGCAGCCAGGAGCGAGACAAUCUCGGCAUGUUGGUGUGGUCGCCCAAUCAGAACCUGUCGGAGGCAAAACUGGACGAGUACAUCGCCAUCGCCAAGGAGAAGCACGGGUACAACAUGGAGCAGGCUCUCGGCAUGCUCUUUUGGCAUAAGCAUAACAUUGAAAAGUCACUGGCUGAUCUGCCCAACUUCACCCCCUUCCCAGAUGAAUGGACUGUGGAAGAUAAAGUCUUAUUUGAGCAAGCUUUUAGUUUUCAUGGGAAAACUUUUCACAGAAUCCAACAAAUGCUUCCUGAUAAGUCUAUAGCAAGUCUGGUGAAGUUUUACUACUCUUGGAAGAAGACCAGAACUAAGACCAGCGUGAUGGACCGCCAUGCGCGGAAGCAGAAGCGUGAGCGCGAGGAGAGUGAGGAUGAGCUGGAAGAGACAAAUGGGAGCAACCCCAUGGACAUGGAGGUUGAUCAGAGCAAGGAGAGCAGGAAGGAGGUGCCCCCUGCCGAGGCAGUUCCUCUGGUGAAAAAAGAAAAACACAGCACGCAAGCCAAAAACAGAGCGAAAAGGAAACCUCCGAAAGGAAUGUUUCUGUCGCAAGAGGACGUGGAGGCCGUUUCUGCCAACGCCACCGCUGCUACCACGGUGCUGCGACAGCUGGACAUGGAGCUGGUCUCCAUUAAGAGACAGAUUCAAAAUAUUAAACAGACGAACAGUGCUCUCAAAGAAAAGCUUGAUGGUGGAAUAGAACCGUACCGACUCCCAGAGGUCAUUCAGAAGUGCAAUGCACGCUGGACCACCGAAGAGCAGCUUCUCGCCGUGCAAGCCAUCAGGAAAUAUGGCCGAGAUUUUCAAGCAAUCUCAGAUGUGAUUGGGAACAAGUCAGUGGUGCAGGUCAAGAACUUUUUUGUCAAUUACCGACGCCGCUUCAACAUAGAUGAAGUUUUACAAGAAUGGGAGGCAGAACAUGGGAAAGAAGAGACCAAUGGGCCCAGCGCCCCGAAGCCAGUCAAGUCCCCAGACAGUUCCAUCAAGAUACCUGAAGAGGAGGACGAGGCUGCCUCUGUCCUCGAUGUCAGAUAUGCAUCCGCCUCAUGAGAACGCUGGUAGCUUUGAACACUUGGUGUGGACUAUGUGUUAUCCAGGAUAUCAGGUAUUAUGAGACAUCACCCAGCCAUCUGCAUCCCAUCUCUGUGGACAAGCAGCUAUUACCAAAAAGGCAUACACUUCCGGUCCUGUGCUCCAUCUGCCUUAAUUCUUUGCUCGUUCCUCCAUGUUGGCACCACUUCCCAGAGAGCUCUGUUGCAUCUCUCACUCUGCCUCAGUGCUGGGGAACCUAUGCCUGUACCCCCACAACUCUGGGACCUGCCCCCAUUGGAGCCCUGUGCCCCACCCACGGCAGCUCUUCCCGUCAGCAGCUUCAGAGCAGGUAGUCUCAGAAGGCCCGACUCUGUUCCUGCAUGGCUGCGAUUUCUACUUGUGCAUAGUGUAACUUGCAGAGCGACUGACUUGUUCUUUUCUGGGGCAGCCACCCUAAUAAUACCUUGCUUGUUUGGAAGUCGCAACACUUUGGCAGACUGCAUUGUAAUCUUGUUGUGCCAAGCAUCCUGAUGCAACUCACGGUUCCCAAGUGAAAGGUGGAAUUACUCGUAAAUUUACUUGGCUUAAAUCUCUCCCCUUUCUCCUUUCCCAAGUGUUUGAAAGCUCAUUCACGGCAACUGUCUUUGGACACUGUAGCUUACGGGGAAUGUUGGACCUCCACACUUUCUGCCUGCAGUCCCAGGGUGGGUGCACCCCAGCUCCUCCCGAUCCCCAGCACCACUUGCACCGCCCAGCUCCGGGAGAUCCGGUCCUAUCACUGUACCUGGUGCUUGUCCAUUCGGAAUUGGUGCCUUCUCCUUUUGGCAACCAUGUUACCGAUCCCUUUUCUGUUCAAGUGUCUUAUUUAAAGUUUAUUGCUUGCCAAAGAUGACAUCAUGGAGAUAGGGAGCGCUUCUGCCCGCUCUAGCAGUACAGACUGGAGAUGCAAGCUUAGCACCCAACGGAGUGAGUGCAGCUGCUGGUGGGUUCCUGGGAGCGGCACACCACUGUCCUGGCCUCUUGGCAUCCCUGGCCCGCUGCGUGUCACUCCACGCGUCCUUUUAUGUCCUUCUAGUGCUUAUGUGAAACACAGGUACCAUCCCCUCUCUUAAUAGCAGAGUACAGGACAGAGACGUGGUCGGUGUGUUGGUCUAGUUAACCAGGACGAAAAGGAACCGUCUGUAGAGCGGUCUGUCCUGCCUUGUGGGUGAACUGGGAACACACAGGCUUUCUAAUCAGUGUGCUGAGCCUGCCCAAGUCGCUGCUUCUCCUCCUGGACCAAGGGCCUGUGAGGCCUGAGGUGUGGGGGCUGCACUGCAGAUGUGGGAGGAGCUUCAUUCGAAUUUUUUGUUUGCAUCAUUUGAAUUUUUUUUCUGCUUUUAAUACCAAAAAGAAAAGAAUGCAGAUGCU